CUGCUGAGGGGUGAGCUGCCUGCUGUGCCAAAAGAGGACAGACGCUCAGGCGCUCGGGUCUGAGUGUCAACUGAAAACGUACACUUUUGCAGCUAACCUUCAGAGACAGCAGCACAUUGACACUGGGGUUAGCGGGAGCCUGGAAGACGUUGCCCCAAUAUUCUACAUCCUCCAGGGUCCACCAACGCAAAUCAGAAUGGAAACUCAAGGGGACAAAACUCACACCUGUGGGACAAUCUGUCUGAAAUAUCUACUGUUUCUAUUCAAUAUUCUUUUCUGGCUGGCAGGAGGAGCAGUGCUGGCAGUGGGAGUGUGGACGCUGAUGGAAAAGAGCGACUACAUCAGUUUACUCAACUCCAGCUUUUAUUCGGCCUCAGCUUACAUCCUGAUAGUUGCCGGGGUCAUCGUCAUAGUGACCGGAAUAAUCGGAUGCUGUGCCACUCUGAAGGAGAUGAAGAGUCUUCUGGUUGUGUAUUUGAUCUUGUUGCUGUGUAUUUUCCUGCUGGAAGUCAUUGCUGGAGUACUGGCCUACAUAAAUUACCAAGAGUGUUUCCCUUUCUGCUACCAGCUGGACGAGGAGCUCAGACAGAACCUGAAGGUGACCAUGCAGCAGAAAUACCAGCAGCCGGGGGAGGAGAGCGUCACACAGGCGGUGGACAGGCUCCAUCAGGAAUUUAAGUGCUGUGGCAGUAACAACUACUCAGACUGGAGAGACAGCGUGUGGAUCCGGGCUGCAGAUAACAGGCAGCUGGUUCCUGAUAGCUGCUGUAAAACUCCCAGUGUGCUCUGCGGCCGAAGGGACCAUCCCUCCAACAUCUACAAGGUGGAGGGAGGCUGCAUCUUAAAGCUAGAGGAUUUCAUCUUGAGUCAGUUGUAUAUUCUCGGGGCAGUGGGUAUUGGCAUUGCUUUUCUUCAGCUUGUGGGGAUGAUGUUCACUUGUUGCCUUUAUAGAAAUUUGAAAGAAGAUCCGUACUGAGUUCUGCAAUAUCACAACAUGUUUCACAUGAAAUCUUGAUGCCUCACAUUAUUUACACAGUUCUGGAUGCUCAAGAGAUUCAAGAUUCGAGAUUCAAACUUUAUCAUCAUUCAUACCAAACACAAGACAAGAACAAACUGCAUCCAGCUCACUAAUGUAAUUCAGAAUGUCAUGGUUUCCUAAGUAGGUCUAAACGCUAUAUCUAAAGUAGUGAUGAUAAUAAUAAUAUUAUUAAUCGGUUCAAAUUAUGAAAUGAUGAUUGUCAAAGAGCAAACAGUGGAGACACUGUAAUGCUGCUGGAUAGCUCUGUUCCAAUUCUCUUCAAACUCAAAUGCAUGACUUCGGCCCUUUUAGAUUUAUUUUAACACAAAUUAUAUUUGAAUUAAUUUUUUAUUUUGUAUUCUAUUUUGAUUUUAUUUUUAAAGAUUUCAUCUUGCAAACAGUCUCGGUGCUUUAUUAUUUAUCUUUUUUGUUUGAUUGUUUUUUUUUAUGUAUGUCAGUGUAACCAAGUGAUCAUUUCAAUGAAAUAAUAAUUGUUUGUUCGUGGAGUGCAAAUAAAAAGUAACCACUCAUUUUUACCUUCACUGAGGAGGUUCCGUUUUCACCUGUGAAAGUUAGUUUGUCUGUUCCUUCAGGGAAGAACUCAUUCAAUUUUGGUGCAGGUCCGGAUCUGGGGCUGGAUCCCCUUAUCUUUUUUACAUAGUCGUUUUUCAACAUUUUCAGUGAUUUCUUAGACAAUAAUUCAUGGAUCUUGAUGGGAUGCAGAUCCAAAAUAAAAAUCUGGAUUAGGCUCAUUUAAAUGUGGUUUCAUAAGGGGACUGUUGGACCUUGGCGGAGGUAGAGCUUGAUCAUCAUUCCAGUUGCAAAAAUGACUGCCAAUCUUAGUGGAGCAUUGGGGCCUGGGAAUAAACCAUUACAUUUUGGUGUGGAUGUGGAGUAAAAG